CCGAAAGCGACCUCCCUCGGGCGCGACCAUUCCAUCUCUUGCCACUUAGCUGAACUGCUUUGAAUUGACACGCCAAGUCAAGGGAGGCGCGUUGCUAUGUCAGAACAAAUUGAACUCUCGUCUCCUCCAUUCGAUAGCGUAUCUUCCGUGCGGUUCUCACCGACCAAUCCGUCUCAUCUGCUCGUAUCAUCUUGGGAUACGACGGUUCGCUUCUACGAUAUCGCAGCCAACGAACAGAAGGCGAAGUUCGAUCAUCGCGCCGCUGUACUUGCGUGCUGUUUCUCCGACGACUCCCAUGCAUACAGUGGUGGUCUUGAUACAUCAGUACGAGAAUUUGACCUUCGAACGGAAAAAAUCAACCACCUCGGACAACAUUCGGACUCAAUCUCCGGCAUGAACUUCUCUCGCGACCGAAAUGUACUGGUCACUGGCUCCUGGGAUAGGACUGUGCGGUUCUGGGAUCCCCGGACGUCAUCGCAACAGUUGUCACACAAUUUGCCUGAACGGGUGUACCUCAUGGACCUCGUUAACAACACGCUCGUCGUCGCUAUGGCCAGCCGACUAUUCCACAUAUAUGAUAUCCGAAAGAUGGACGAGCCGGCUCAAAUCCGUGACAGUAGUCUCAAGUUCAUGACGCGUGCACUGGCCUGCAUGACAGAUGGCCAAGGGUAUGCGACAGCCUCAGUAGAGGGACGAAUAGCGGUGGAGUACUUUGAUCCUAGCCCCGAAGCCCAGGACAGGAAGUAUGCAUUCAAAUGCCAUCGUCAAACUAUAGACGACGUAGACCACGUGUGGCCAGUCAACUCUCUUGCAUUCCAUCCAGUGUACAACACGUUUGCAUCUGCGGGCUCGGACGGCACUCUCUCGAUAUGGGAUCACAAGUUGAAGAAGCGGCUGCGACAGUAUCCGAAGUACCACUCCGCCAUCCCGUCGGCGGCGUUCAACUGUGACGGCACCAAGCUCGCCGUGGGCGUGAGCUACACUUGGGAAGAGGGUGAAGAAGGUGCGAAAACGGCUGAGCGGCCUAGCGUAUAUGUGAGGACAACAGGAGACGAAGUCAAGCCAAAAGGAUGGACGGGUAGCUAGAUGCGGUACUAUCCUGCUGUCGGGUGUGACAUAUGACGCAUUCGAGCGCGCAGAUCGUGUUGUUCGUCAUGAACGAUUGUCAAAUCCAUUGCCAUACUGCAGAACAGUCCGCGUCGUUCAGAUAGAUAUUGCUAACAUUGACACAGGUAUAUAAGUUAACGUCUGGUGCGAAACACGGCAUUCCAUUCAGUGUUGUCUUUUCUCCAAGGAGAACUAAAGAUCAUCAUGUCAGCGCAAUGCCUGUCCAGUAUCAAGCUACUCACCUGAGUAACUACGGUGCCAUCUUUU